GGUGCCGUCUGCAGGGCGGGCGAGAGGCGGCCGCUGCGCCGGGCAGCGCGGGCGGGGGACAGCGGUGACGGAAAGCGGCAGCUGGGGGGGGACGGCAGCGCUGGGUUGACUCCCUUCCCCCUCCCGGCCGGAGGAAGAUGGAGCUCGGUUAGUGAGGGCUUGCGGGAGGAGCAGCGGGAGCAGGUAAGACAGUGAAGUCUUUAACUGCUCCAGAAGAAGAGGGUCUGGAAGGAAAAUGUCUCUGGCAAAAAAGUAUCAGGUACAUGAUACUGCAGAGAUUCAAAAUCAGAAGUAAAUCAGCUGGACAGUUGCCUCCUGCCUUCCUAAAGAGGCAAAUAUAUUAGAAACAGAAGAAGGGGCCUACCUACCUCAUUCCUGGAGAAGGUGGGUUUGCUGCUGUGGGUGCCUGCCUUAUUUGCUUCACCAAAAUGAGGUAGGGCAUGCAGGAGAGAAGGGAGACUGUUGCAAGCAGAACCUAUCAUGAUUUCUCAGGGGACAAAAUUUUGCUUAUUCAUACCUUCUACUGUGGCAAAAAUGGAUUCUUUUCCUCACGAAAAACCAGCAGCAUAACACCCAUCCAACACCUGCCUCAAGGAACUCUUAUUUAAAGUCUAUUUUUAUUUCCCUGUAGCUGUGGUGCAAGCAAGAGCCAACCAACAUCAUCUGCUGCCAAUAGAAAAUCUCCAUGCCAGACCUUACCCUUGGCAUGAGGUAAAGUUGUAACUGAGGCUGUGAGGAGGAAUCAACAGGAAAAAUCCAAUUCAUGCUCAAAGAUGGAGACCUUUUAGCCAGCCAGUGAGUCCAGCUGCUGCUGCAUGUCUGGCAGCACCUCUGAAUGAUCACAUGACUCUUGAUAUGGAUGCAGUCCUGUCAGACUUUGUUCGGUCCACAGGGGCAGAACCAGGUCUGGCAAGAGACUUACUAGAAGGCAAGAACUGGGACCUGACGGCAGCUUUGAAUGACUAUGAGCAGCUGCGGCAGGUGCACACGGCCAACCUGCCCCAGGUGUUCAACGAGGGCAGGUUUUACAAGCAGCAGGAGCCAGAGCAGCCGCCCCAGGUGACCAAGGCUGAGAGGCCCUGCCUGCAAAGGCAGGAUGACAUCGCCCAAGAAAAGCGUCUUUCCAGAGGGAUUUCCCAUGCCAGCUCAGCCAUAGUCUCCCUGGCUCGCUCACAUGUAGCAAAUGACUGCAGCAAUGAGCAGUUCCCUUUGGAGAUGCCCAUCUACACAUUCCAGCUGCCAGACCUGAGCGUGUACAGUGAGGACUUCAGGAGCUUCAUCGAGCGGGACUUAAUUGAGCAGGCCACCAUGGUGGCAUUGGAGCAAGCAGGACGCCUCAACUGGUGGUCCACAGUGUGCACCAGCUGCAAGCGCCUGCUGCCCCUGGCCACAACGGGUGAUGGAAACUGCCUCCUGCAUGCUGCCUCUCUAGGGAUGUGGGGAUUUCACGACCGGGACCUUGUGUUACGGAAAGCCCUCUAUACUAUGAUGAGAAGUGGAGCUGAAAGGGAAGCACUGAAAAGAAGAUGGAGAUGGCAACAGACUCAGCAGAAUAAGGAGUCAGGUUUGGUGUACACGGAAGAGGAGUGGGAGCGCGAGUGGAACGAGCUGCUCAAGCUGGCGUCCAGCGAGCCGCGCACGCAUUUCAGCAAGAACGGGGGCACUGGUGGGGGAGUGGACAAUGCAGAAGAUCCAGUGUAUGAGAGCUUGGAAGAAUUCCAUGUUUUUGUCUUAGCCCAUAUCUUGAGAAGACCGAUUGUUGUAGUAGCAGACACGAUGUUACGAGACUCAGGAGGAGAAGCUUUUGCACCGAUACCGUUUGGAGGAAUUUAUUUGCCACUUGAAGUUCUGCCAAACAGAUGCCAUUGCUCACCUCUUGUGCUGGCCUAUGAUCAGGCCCAUUUCUCUGCUCUUGUCUCCAUGGAACAAAAAGACCAACAGAGAGAACAAGCGGUGAUCCCCCUGACUGACUCUGAACACAAGUUACUGCCUUUGCACUUUGCGGUCGAUCCUGGGAAAGACUGGGAGUGGGGAAAAGAUGACAAUGAUAACACCAGACUGGCCAAUUUGAUUCUGUCUCUUGAGGCAAAGCUUAAUCUUCUGCACAGCUACAUGAAUGUAACCUGGAUCCGCAUCCCCUCUGAGACACGGCAGGCCCCUUUGGCUCAACCGGAAUCCCCUACAGCUUCUGCUGGAGAAGAUGUGCAGUCUCUGGCUGACUCCAUGGACUCAGACCGAGAUUCCAUCUGUAGUAAUUCCAAUGGCAAUAAUGGCAAAAACGGUAAAGAAAAAGAAAAGGACAAACAAAGGAAAGAUAAAGACAAAACCAGGACGGAUUCAGUUGCCAAUAAAAUAGGAAGCCUCAGUAAAACCCUGGGAAUUAAACUGAAAAAGAACAUGGGUGGUCUUGGAGGUCUGGUGCAUGGGAAGAUGAGCAGAGCCAAUUCAGGGAAUGGAAAAAAUGGUGACACAGUGGAGAAAGUCAAAGAGAAGAAGUCCAAGUCUCGCAAAGGGAGCAAAGAGGAAUCUGGACAGUCUGCGAGCACAUCUCCCUCUGAAAAGACCACUCCAUCUCCGACUGACAGAGCCAGCAGCUCCCCCACCGAAAAGGUGAACACUAAACCCUUCUCUGACAAGCAGUCUGACCCAUGGAAGUACAGCACAGACGUGAAACUCAGCCUAAAUAUUUUGAGAGCUGCCAUGCAGGGUGAACGAAAGUUUAUUUUUGCUGGCCUUCUUUUGACCAGUCACAGGCAUCAGUUCCACGAGGAGAUGAUCGGCUAUUACCUGACCAGUGCCCAGGAGCGCUUCAAUGCAGAACAGGAGCAGAAAAGAAAGGAAGCUGAGAAAAAGGCUGCAAUGAAUGGCUCCUCUAGUAGGAAACUGGAGCCAGAGGCAUUUUCAAAAGAAAAAUUAGAACCAUCUCCUCAGGACAGGGCAUCACCCGUCUUACCUCAAAGCCAUACAACUCAACUGGUUUUAAAAUUCAAAGACCGCACUAGUCCCACGCCCGGGUCCUUUUCUUCACCCAGCAAUGGUGCCAAGAAAAGCGGCCCCAUCCCGGUGUCUGCCCACUAUAGCCAUACGCCCCCCGUUCAAAGGCAAAGUGUCAUCCAUUUGCAUGACGUCAACUCCAAGCCAUCGAGCUUCCAGGAUGAUACCUACAAGCCAGUGGUUGGCACCCUGAAAACCUGUGCCACCUACCCCCAGCAGAACAGAUCGCUGUCCUCGCAGAGCUACAGCCCUGCGCGGCUGCCCGGGAUGCGCACGGUGAACACGGUGGAGUCGCUGAGCUACGCCAGGCCGGCCGAACACAAGUCCCAGACCUACACAAACGGCUUCGACACCGGGGACAUCAGAGACUGCUUGGAGUACGCUGAUGAGGACGCUCCUCAGAGCUGGCUGAACAACGACAAAAACCAAGGCAGAAGCACAGUUUGCCCAAUAUAUUCCAUCCAGCAGAACCGCUGUAAGAAGGAGAACUGCUCCUUUUAUGGGCGUCCCGAGACUGAGAAUUACUGUUCCUACUGCUACAAAGAGGAGUUAAAGCGCAGGGAGAGGGACAGCAAGGGACACAGGCAUUGAGGAUUCUUCCAUGACUACUUAGUUUUACCAUUUUCUUACUUACAAAGUAAACAGUGUUGGAUUGCAGUAAAAGGAAUCCUUAAAGAAUAAAGGAUUGAUGAGUAAACAGUGUCUAGCUCUUCGCUUUACUGGGGCAAUGAGGAAAUAAUAGGAAUAAUUUAUCAUAAAAAAUAUUAUUUUCCAUUUUGUCAGUGUCUUUUUUACAUGUACUGGUAAGCUGAAGGGUUGUUUACUCCUUUGUCAGUGCUGUGUAUAUGUUUGGUCAAAAAUUUACUAAUGGUGCCUGAAUUUACACUGACAUCACUCAGGUAGUAGAAUGAUAGGGGAACGUCAUACUAGUGAAGAUGUGGUGUUGUAAUAGGGUAGUAUCUGCCUUGCAGACAUUUGAAAUGAUAUAGCUAUAGAGUAUUUUUUCCUCAGUAAAACCUAAAUUUUUCAUAGCCUUUUUUUUCAGGAGGAUAGUGAUUUUGCAUACUGCACAUUUUUAACAUGACAGCAUAUUGCAUUGCUACUAACGUUUGUAUAUUUCAGUCUGAAAUUGAAUGAUUCUGGAAAAAUGGGAGUGAAAGGUCUGAAUUCAUGAGGGCUGUAGGUUGUCUUAAUUUUAAGUUCUUACCAAUUAUUUCUAAAUUUUCGUUUUUUAAAAAAGUAGAUUUGAACCACUUUUAUUUGCACUGAGUUUUUAAAGAGGUUUUAUAAGAAAAUUCAAUAUGACUUCAUGUCCCAAGCCCCCUGACAGUAUAGUUUUGCACACCUGAAUUUCAGAAGUAUUUUCAUUGAUGUUAAAAUGCAGAGAAAUGUUACAAUAAACCAUUUUCAAAAAUUAUUAGAUAUGGAAAAUUUGAUGACCAACUAGGAAAUUUAGGAUCAUUUUAGACUCAAACUGCUUGCCAAAACCAAUGUAAUGCAUCACUUUAUUGCCUUAGCUAGUGCACGAACCUAUUCAUUAUUUACUUAUUCCUUCUAAACAUUAUUGAGUGAUAAUUAUUGCAAAUGUAACUACUUGAGCCUUUCUUGAAGACUGUUGGCUCCACCUCUUUUCCAGUCUUCUAGAGUGAGUCAUCUCCCCCGAGGAGGCUCCCAGAUGGCUGCAAAAUGCCUCCAGCAGGAAUGGCAGCUCCUAGCACAGAUUUGCACAAGUCUGAGAUCCAAAUAUUUACGUAAGUGUUUGCAAUACUUCUGAAAAUAUAACUUUGCUCACAGGAGCAUUUCUGCAAAGCAGACACCGCAGAUACUGUUGAAGGAGAUGGAUGACAUGAGGAAGUUUUCUGGGAUACAGCUCUGGGUUUGCACCCCUCCACCAUCAGCUGGCAGAGAGUAGCACCAGGAGCUCUUUGGUUUUACCCUUGUGAACAAUGGCUCGAUUUAAGAGCUAAUUUCACAUAACAGGUUAAAGUACUGCUUCCAGGGCUGCUGACUCUGCCACCUGAAGGUGCAGAACAGGAGUUCUGCCUUCCUCUUUAGAGAAUAACACUUUUCUGCCCACACAGGAAAGAUUCUUUGCCAAAGAGUCUAAUUUCUGAUUAUUUGCCUGCUGCCACCCAAUUUUAAUUUUUGACAUGGAUGGCACCGUUGCAUACAGUUAAUCCUAAUUAACCCUGAAACCAAGCCUAAAGUUCCCUGUGAAACAAGAUGCACAAACUUCUGCUGCUGUGUCCUGGCUUUAAGAAAAAGCACGUGAGCUUUUUCCGGUGUCCCACAUUGGUAGAACUGAGCAUAUACUUAAAAUUGACCAUAUGUUUAGGUUUUCUGCUGAAUGGGAGGUUUCAAAAUAAGUCCCUUGGUCACUUCUGUAAAAGGUUAGAGUCUUUGCCAUGUUAGCUGUUCCAUGAAUCCAGACCUGUAUUUUGUAUUCCUUGCUGUAUACUGAGCAUACACUGAAUCUUACUGAACUUGCGUUCCUUCAUGAAAGGAAAAUGUUGGUACUUGUUAAAACUCUGUGUGACUUCUCUCCUUAAGGUAAGCACCUUCCAAAUCCCAUGCCUCCUGUUGCAUACACUGCUAAGCAGUGUCCUGCUUUGCUUUGCUGUUGUGAUUAUUACAUUUAAGUUCUAAUUGUCAAAGAAAACUGGGAUUGCAAAUUAUGCUAAAACAAGCCAGACCACGUUAAAAGAAAUUCAGUAUUAUACUUGAUUGUAUUUGCUGCUGAUUGUAUUUGCUUGAGAAAACUGGCAGGAUUAAACUUCAAGAAUAACAGAAAUAUUUAAGAAUUCUUAAGGCAUUAGAGUAGCAGUACUGUGUGAUAUUCCAAGAUUCAUAUCUGUGUAAAGUUGUGUUUAAGAAAUAUUACAUUAGCAGUAAACUACACCGGCCCAUGUAUUUAAGUGAGUUACAUCCAUUCCAAACGAGCAAAAAAGCAGUACAUAGUAAAAAUAAGCAAUUGCCAAGAGAUUUUGCUGUUUCCCAUUUCCAUAGGAUUUGUUUCUAUAGUGUGUUUUUAAGGUCUUCUCAUAAAAGAAAGAGAUUUUCAACUGGUCACCAUGUAGAUAAAUUACUCUGUUCUGAAUUAUUGAAUUCAUUGUACUCGUGUUAUUAGAUUAUUUUGAAAAGUCAGUCGGUCUUAUCUGUACAGGAUACCAAACCUGAGUGUUCAUUGUCAUCCUCAGAACACUCAGAUAUUUCCAUAAAUAUUUACCUCGACAGGACUGCUCACUUUAAAAUAUCUGUUGUAUGGAAUACUGACAGAACCCUUUUUAGUUGUGCCUAUUUCCUUAGAAUCUUUUUGUUGGGAUACCUUUGAAUAAUUUUCUAAUUGCCGUUUUCUUUUAGAAUUCUCUUCAAACAUUCUUUCUGUUUCUGGGCUAUUUGUGGCAGCUGUGCCAUAGCUGUGAUUAAACAGACCAAACAUGCAGAAACUGUGCCCCCCUCCUGAAGAAGUGUUGUUCCAUGAAAAGAAGACUGUAGCUAUAGAAGAAAAUUUUCUGCCUAUUUUUUUUAGAGAAAAUUCCCAACUGCUCACGAGUUGCAUUCACCAGCAGUGAAAGACAUUGUGCCAUUCCUUAGCUACCUGCUAGAGGUAAUUACCUUCACAUAUAUUUUUCUGUUGUGCAUUAUGCUAACCUCUCAGUGCUCUUUUGUAUUAUUUUUCCUGACAAUUGGAAGUGUUUGCAGCCCACAGGCCAGCCAGCCCUGUGCCUGAUCUGCUCUCUCUACACCUUCCAGAGCUGUAGAGUUCCCACAUAGUCCCAGAUGUGGAGAAAUCUGCUUUGCUUUGGAGGGACCCUGCUCAUUCCUUCUGUUAGCCCGAGUGCUGCAAUGCACACACAUCUUUUUGUAUUUGUAUGUGCUUUUUUCCGCACUCUCUUCUUGAUAGUGAUUCAGCAUUUGUCACUGUAGUCCAGACUUCAGAAGUACAGAGUAAACACUGGGUAGGCUACACCUUCCGAGAUGGAUCCAAAAUCACCAGGAGAUAUUUAGGUUGGAGGAAGCUGGAAUUCUUUUAAAGUGUGAAUGUGCAAUUUUUCUAAUUUAAAAAAGGCUUAAACGUAUUAUGUAAAUUUUUUUUUUACUUCUAAACUCUGAUGCAAAGGUCUCUUUGUAACAGAGGAUACCUGUGAUACAUAAUGGGUUUCAGUCAUGCUUUAUAUUAAAGUUUUGUUUAAAAUGAUUUUUACAGAGUUAAUAAACCACUGUUGGAGUUUACUAAUAUAUUUUCAGGGCUGGGUGUCAGUUGUAGCAUAUGGCUAACAAGCAGCUCAUUUGGAAGAAGGUUUUGUAGGUUAUCAAAUGUAACUUCAGAUUUUGGAUUUUAAAACAAUUGGUGAGCCUUUUGUUCUAUGAAUACAAUGGCAAUAUUGUCCCAGCUUUCUUUAGCAAUUGGAUGCUUCUUCCUGAAUCAAAGGUAACAUUAGAAGCAUCAGUAACAGAAAGGUGCUGUACUUGAAAAGCUUUGUGUUGCUUGUAUCCUAGAAGUCUGAGCAGGCCAAGUGGAGUGUUCAGGGUGUUAGUGGAGCUGAGAGCUGCGGUGUGAGCAGUGCUGGGUGCCCUGAAGACGCUGCCCAGGACCUGGCACAGCACCUGCAGGGGCCCAGAGGCCGCUCCUGGUGCGGGGCCGUGUGCUCGGGGGAUGAAGGUGUGGGUAUGAAACAUGCACAGCACAGAGCUGCCAAACACUGCCCUCCACACAGCCACACUGGUGCUCACCUUCACCCUGCUGCAAGGAUUGCUUAUCUUCAGCAACUCCAGCAGGUGUUACAGAGAAAUGUUUCUGAUCCAGGCCUGAGCCUUUGGCAGUGUCGGGCUGCCCACCUGACUCUUCCAAGGCGACAGUGGGUGAGAAUUCUGCCCGAGGAGUAGAGAGAAGCCUUAGGCUCUUUGGGCUGCCUUUGCUGUCCUCUGCAGGGCGUGGACAGAAUCCCAUUAGCAGUGGGGGCCUUAAACCAGGUGCUUCAUUGACAUAUAAAACAUUGCAGACUGGGCACGGACGUGAAGUACAAGCUAGGAAAGGAUUAAGGUCUUCAUAGCACUGUGAGAGUUUUGCACAGGUGAGAACCCUUACGUUCAUAGAAACCACAAUGAUCUCAGAAAAACAGAGAAGCAAAAUAACUGAUGCUGAUUGUAAAUGGCUUUUUAGCUUAGUGUAUUUUAAGUCUCUGUCAGUGUAUUUGAAGAGUAUUUGUUUUAGGGAAUGGCAGCUUAUGCAGAGGAUCACCAAACUAUAACAUAGAAAUGAAUUUAUUUCAGUAACAGACACUAAUAUCUAUUUUAAUUUCCCCAUGGAUUUCCAGUGUAUAUGACUAAAAUAUUAUAUUGUUAAAAAUGAGAGGAAAACAACACAAAGGUGUUUGUAAGUAUGUUCUAUUUCUAGACUUAAGGCUGUAUUAUGUUGGAAUUUUACAAGCCAAGUUUAAAUUGUAAUAUAGAAAUUAUUUUUAUAUUAUUUUCAAAAUACGCUACAGAGCAAUAUUUUGCGCCUUUAUUAUAAACAGGGUCAUCAUUUUAGUAGGUUACUUUUAGAAAUGCUGGUAGAAAUUAACCAUGGAAAGAAAGCUUUGUAAAUGUACUUGUUGUUUCUAACUGCUCUGUCUAUUGUGCACAUCUGUAUCUAAUGUGAGUUGAAUAUACAAUUUUUUUUUUAAUUGAAAAGCUUUAAAUUUUUCUUUAUAUAUUUUGGUACAACACUGUUCCUCUCUAAUUCUCUUCCAGUCCUAACCAAUAGUCACUUUUAUAAGCAGCUUCUGAAUAAACAUGCAUAUGGAAAAUUUCCUUACCAAAUGAAACAUUUCUGCACAGAUAUUGAUUGACGUGGGACAUUCAUAACACACCCUGAACCCAUUGGAGUAGGAUUCAUUUGCUUUUUUUAAAAAGAGAAUCAGCUAUUUAUUAUUCCUUCGGAAUGAAAAUCAAGAAUGAAUGCAAUCAUUCCGUAUCUGGAGUAAAAAAAAAUCAUUCUAGAUCAUAGAAAUUUCAUCCUCUUAAUAUGUAUCAAGUAUGCAUUGGCUUCUUGCAGAUUGAAGUGUUCAGAUUUUAUUUCUUCACAGUUCUUUGUACUGUACAUAUCAAUUACUGAUGAACUGUGCAAAGAAAAAGACUUCACAAACUAAUGCAUAUGUUAAAUUAGAAGUCUGUGUUAUUUGUAAAACUCCCUAACUUUUGCAGUUUAGUUUGUUGGGAUUUGUUGUUUAAGGAUUACUAUUAAAGUAUUUACUGCAACCAAAAUUUUCAAACCUGGAUACCUAAUGAUUGCGCAUCUGGGUUUCUCCUGAUCGAUACACUGGUUUUAAGGUGUCCUGAGCAUCAGUUUGUGUGGGAAGAAAGGUUCCCUCUUGGUUUCAGAAAAUCAUUUGAGUGUUACUCCAACACAUAUUCAGGUCUUUUCCUUAUUAACACUCUACACUUCUUUUCAGUCAGUGGAAUUUGCAUUUUAUCUUUAGUGACCUUCCAUGUGUGAACAAAUAAUUUGGCUUAUUCAUAAAUGAUUGUUUUGAGGAUGGAGAGACUUGCCUUGUACCAAAACACCACAUAAUUGUUUAACUGUUGCAUUAUUAAUGGGGCUCUUUUAUUCCACUGCAGGGGUGGGGAAAUAAGACCUUAUUUUUUCCUUGGGUAUCGUGAUCCUAUUAUUUGUCUGGUUGGGUUAUUCCUCUGAAGUGAAAAUGCUGUUCUGAUUGCUGUUUUCCGAUGUUCUGUCUCCCAGUACCUGAAUGCCUGUACUGUACCAAGAGAAUUGAAAUGGCUGAUGCACAUUUGCACUGCUGAACAGCCAUGUGGGCUAAGCCACCGUGUUCCAAACAGCCUUAAAAUUACGGCUCUCUGGGGACUGAGAGUCACUUAACUGGAUGCAGCCUCUGUCCUGCUUCCUCAUUUAACCAUGACUGUAAAACUUUCAAGCCUGCUGUAGUCUGUGUGUCUCUAGACACAUUCAUCUGAAUACCCUGUGAUCUUAACAGAAUUUUUUCUUUAAAAACUAGUGAUUCUUUGAUGAGUGUUAGUGUGUCAGGAAACCCUAAUCAAGAGAGGAGAUGGAGUUAAACUAGAGAAAUUAUUGUAGCUAGUGGAGGAACCAGGGCACCAAAAUACUAAAAAGGGAGAAAAUAGUUAAGAUGUAUCACAACUUAUUUCCUGUUAACACUGUAUGUUUUGUAGAUCUUCCUGUAUUCUGGGAAACAGAAAAAUGUUUUUGCCAUUCAUCUCUGCAUCUAAUGGAGCCUCUUGCUUUGUUGUAGAGGUUUGCUAUUGGGGAAGAAGGGAGAAAGGGAAGUUCUCCUCCCUUCUUAAAGAAAAUUCUAGGGGCAGAAUCAUCUGAGGUUGCAAAAAUAUGAUCCAAUGUUGUAAUUAAAUAGUGCCUAACUCUUAUGUGCAUUCUGUAUUUAAUUUCCAUUUUGCCACUUUCAAACACCAUUGAUUUAGAAAAAUAAGGAGGGGGAAGUUAAGAGACUAAGUUGGUAUGUUAAUGACCCAGUUAUUCCUUUUUUCACAUGUGGAAUCUAUAUAAACAUGAAAAGAGUCACACUUGAGUUGCACUUCCCCUGCUGAGAGGUAAAAGCCACCUUUAUAGGUAAAUUCCAUGCAAUUGCUUUGCCACAGAGUGGCAUGAAGGCUGACAGCAUGUCAGGAGCCUGAGAGCCAUAGCUUGAAACAACAGGUCUUGAUCGUUCUUGCCUUUAACACAGAUGCAGUUCAUUCUGGCCCGUGAUGAACGAACAGUACCUUUGUAGUGAAGAUGCAGUGGAACACUGCCCUGCUGCCAUUUGCUUCCAGGUGUGAGUAACAACAAGCCUCCUCCCCAUUCUUUUGAUUAAAAUAUGCAGGAGAUGCAGCAGCAGGAUGUGGCAUCUCAGGCUCAGAGAAUGCCCCAUAUCUCCUUUAAAUGGGCUUUGCAAUCAGGUAUGAAUUGAAACACAGCCAUGUGGGCGCAACAGAAGCGCUCUCAUCUCUCAGCUUUGAAAAUCGUGUGCACUUUUAAUACUAACAAAAACUAAGAAAUGGUUUUAUUGUUUAUUUGCUCAAGAUUCUGAGUACUGUAAAUGCAGUCUUUGUAUCAUGCACAGUGUGUGUACAGUACAGAAAUGCUUUUCCCUCAGAGCUGUUAGAGAGUUUUGAAUGCACAUGGUGCCCAACUCUGCCCCCUCACCAUAGCCAAGGGGAGCAAACAGGAUUUAGGCCUAGACUAAAUAAUGGAUGAAAUCAGCCACAUAGAUCUAAACAGCUGCAAGUUCCCAACCGUGGUGUUCUAGGCCAGCUUUGACAGCUUUGUACAAAACUCCAUCCCAAUGACUGAGAUUAGGUUUGUGCUCUUUCCUGGGGAGGAGCAAUUACUUCUGUGUUUUUUCCAAGCCCAUUGCUCUGAGUCUCUAACUCCUGUGUUUGUAAUGUGCCAGGCUUAGCAUGAUUCACCUAGGAAGCAGUUUUUAAAAUCUCCAUAGAUUUGUUGUUUUCUUCUUGGAAUCCAUCUUGAGUUUUACUUUGCAUUCAGUUUUAAGACAUAAAAUAUUGUUAUGAACUUUGCAUAAUGCCUUGAAUUUGUCUCUUGUGGGAUUGAAGGACUUUGUUCUCCUUGAGAGGCCUUGUUCUUCCUCACUGAUUCUUGUGACUAACACUUUUGUAUGGAAAAAGUUGAAUGAACCAUUGAAAGUAUCACUGCUGCUUACAUGUACUUCUGCCAUUUGGUACAUCUUGUGUUGUUAAAACUCAAUGCCUCUCAGACAUGGGCAAAGCUUGAAGGACAGUCUGAAGUAUUAGAUACAAAAGGUAUAUGUAGUUAAUUCAUCAGAACUCUACUGUUGCUAUUGUGUAAUAUGCCCCCUCCAAUUGUUUGUACAUCUUUUUUCCUAUUGCUAACUUUUUUUAAAAUCUUCUAUUUUCUUAGACAAAUUCUAAAGCUCUUUGUCCUUAAAGCCUGUGAUAGAUUUUCCAAUAAAGAAGAUUUGGCUUUUGCAGUUCAGGUUGCAUUUAGAGUGGCUUUUCUCCCAAACAAUAAUUACAAGUAACAGAUGUUGCACCUUUGGCUUAAAGAAGUAUAUUUACUCAUUAACUGAGAGUCUCUGUUCAAUUAUAACCAAAGCUAAUUAUAUAAAAUUUAAAGUGUCAGGACUGGUAAUGUGACUCUACCUAGCAAACUCAGCAUUUUUAACCCAUAGAAAUGUACAAUAAACGUGUUUGUACUUGAAGUCCAUUUCAAAGAAGGUAGUUGGCUCUCACUGGGGCUUAAGAAAAUGUUAAUAAGGAAUAAAGUAAGUCUCAUUGAUUUUGGUUGGCUGAGAAUUCAACUUCUUCGUAGUCUUACCACUCUUCUCAUUUUUCAGAAUCUGAGUUUGUUGUUGCCUUCUAUAAGUUUAUACUCUUUUAGCAAAUGUUGACUUAGGCUUUCAAUAAACUAUGUAAUAGGAAUUACAGAAAUUUAUUUAUAGCUGAAAUUACUCUUCAGGUUUUUUGUUUGAUCAUUUUCAUGCAAAAAGGGAUGAAUUUGUCUUUUCCCAUUUCUCCACCCUAUUUAUAAUUUCAAAACACAAUUGGUUGCAGUCACCUUUCUCUGCAAAAGAAAACAGUUGAUAAUUUUUAAGCUGACUACCAUAUUGUUUGAAUCCACUGUUCAAAAGAAACAGGAGCAUUAAUUAACAUUCAAGAAUAAGGAAUAUUUCUUGUUGUGCAAAAUGUGAGUUCUUGAGAACCUUUUCUACAUGCAGUUUUCAUUUAACUUGAAUGUCAUUUUUAAUCUGAUCCAUACUUUGACAAAGAUGAUGUGUAAGAGCUGUUUUUAGCAGUUGGAUUGUUACUUUGUAAAGUAUUAAAGCACUAAACCAAUUUUUGCAAUAGGUAGUAAAACUUGCUUUUGUUUUGAAAAACUUCCAGUUAUAACUGUUGCACUUUUUAUAGCAGAACUGUAUUUAAUUUCUUUCUUUUAUGAAAGAUUACUCAAAGUAACUGAUAGCUCUGUAAUCUGUGUGAAUUGGCUUCUCCAUUAUUUGAAUCUGAGAGAAGCUACAAUGCCUAUUCAAUAAAAUUAACUUAUUUCUAAA